AUGGUAGAACUGGUUGCUUGGUUUGAGUGCACAGAAACCAUUGAUGAUUUUGUGAACGGUUUUGGGUGGUAUUACAUAGGUUGUGGAGUGUGCCAUACUAAGGAAACCAAAGGGCUUACAACGCUUAUGUGUAAAAAGUGUGGGAAGAGUGAGAUAAUAUCUGUCUAUGAUCAUAAAGACCAAGCCGUUUUUGUUCUUCUUGGUGAUUCUGAAGAGGAGUUGAUUGGCAAGAAAGCUUCUGAGUUGGCUGAGACAUAUCACCAGGCCAAUGAAAGGGUAGGAGAGGAUCAUAUAGUUCCAGUCCCUCAGGCUAUAUUUGAUACCAUUGCCCCAGAAACCAACGGCAACUUAGGAGUGAACGCUGAUGAGGACCUUGAUAAUAAAGGUGAGGAUCAUGCAGAUGAGCCGGUGAAAAGGGGUGCUGAUGAGAUUUAG